UUGCAAGUUGCCUGAAGACUGUAGUUGCAACUGUCAAAGGUAGAGUGGAUACGCGCAUGACCCAACACACUACUUACUAUAUUACUGUACACGGCGGAGAAGAUAAUAUCCGUAUUAAAAAAAACGAAAUAAUCCCGAGGUAAGGAACUGCAGACGGCACCGAAUGCGACCGAGGUCGAAUCUUUUCGUUCAUUUUUUCCUCUGCGGGGGCUAGGCGCGUGGCUAACGACCGACCGUGACGACUGUCAGUCCGCCUGCAUCAACCUUCCUGCACCUACGCUCAAGACAGGCAGGUGUGAUUGCCAUGUAACCCCAGGAAAGGCGCAUAUACCGCGCUAGGUGUAGCCCUACGGCCUGACCCUCACGUGGGUGACCCGGGCCACCCGGCCGCUCGUGCUGGGUGACUCCGACAUUCCAGGCAUGGAGACCCCCAGUAUCCCCCGGCUGGGGAAGCUGUCAUCAGGGGGGGCGUCAAGGGGUCGUCCCCCAAAACAGGCCCACCCCCAGGAGGCUGCCAGGACCACCACCACAGCCCCUGAGAACAGCAAACACAGUACACCCUGUAGUGAAAGAGGGGAGGGAAAGAAGAAGGGGCGUCCCACAGCUGAAGUACAGGAGCUCAAGAGUAUCCCUGCUAACAUGAUGGUCCAGUGGAAGGAGGAGUUUAAGAAGAGUCCCAGGGUAAAGUGUCCGUGUUCAGGCUGCUGGUUAGAGUUCCCCAGCAUCUACGGUCUCAAAUACCACUACCAACGUUGCCAGGGGGUGACCCUAGCGGAAAAGGUGAGUCAUGGCUGUCCGGACUGUAAGGCGGUGUUUCCCACUAAGGUCCGCCUCCAAAAGCACAAGCUGUGGAACCACCCCGAGAGGGCUACCAUCGAGACCAAGGCUGAGCCCAAACUACGUAAGACCCCCGUGAAGUGGACCGCCAAGAAAAGGCCUAUUGAGAACACUCCACCGUCGCCUGUGUUCUUCAAAGUCAAGAAGACCCAGGAGGUGUCUAGUCCCUCCCAGAACGGGGAGUGUGCCCCCCAGAGGGGAGAGAGGAAACAGUACACACACCCCCAGCCCCCUCAGCAGCAGGUCUCCUCAUCUGACACCUCCCCCAACACCCCGGGGGGCAGCGAGAGCGAAGGUGAGGGGAGCAGCCUGCCCCCACCAUACCCCAAUGAAGACCCUGAGAGGACAAGGCACAGACGGAAGCAGAAAACUCCUAAGAAGUUCACUGGAGAGCAGCCCUCUAUCUCGGGGACGUUCGGACUGAAAGGUAUGAACAAGGUAGAGGAGAAGCUGAAGGCUGGUCGUGUGAAGAGAUUAGAGGGGGGUCUGUUUAGCGAGGAGCCCCAGGGGAAGCACCCCGGUCCAGCCUCCAGGAGAGACCCACCACCCCUCACCUCUGGUACUCCAGCAGAGGCCCAGUGGCAGCAUGCCAUUACAGAGCGGGGGGAGGUGGUGUGUCCUACCUGCUCCAUUGUCACAAGAAAGACCGUCUCAGGCCUCAAGAAGCACAUGGAGAUCUGCCAAAAGCUCCAGGAUGCCCUGAAGUGCCAGCAGUGCCAGAAACAGUUCAGGUCCAAGGCCGGACUCAACUACCAUACAAUGGCUGAGCACAGCAGCAAGGCUUCGGGGAGCGAGGGCCAGAUGGGGGACGGGCAGGAGGAGAGAGAGAGGCUGCGCAGAGUGCUCAAACAGAUGGGACGAAUCAAGUGUCCUAGCGAGGGCUGCUCGGCCCAUUUCUCCAGUCUGAUGGGAUACCAGUACCAUCAGAAGCGCUGUGGCAGAGAGCUAUCAGAGGAGGACAAGCCUGUGUUCCUGUGUCAGCACUGUGGGAAGAGUUACCGCUCUAAGUCUGGCAGAGACUACCACCUCCGCACCGAACACCCCACCACCACCACUAACAACAAUACCAACAAUAUCAACAAUACCACCGGCAGAGGGGUGACAACAGAGGAGUCACAGCCACAGCCUGCAGGAAGGAGGGAACAGAACCACAUGGAGAGAGAGAGGAAGAAAAAAGAGAAGUGGCAGGGGUUGUCUGCGGGUAGGGAGAAGGAGAGAGAGAGGGAUGGGAGAAAGAGGGAGAGAGAGUGGGGUGGGGAGAGAGAGGGGCUGGGGGAGGACUUUGAGAGGACUCCUAGUGGUAGGGUGAGACGUCAGUCUGCUCAGGUAGCAGUGUUCCACCUGCAGGAGAUAGCAGAGGAUGAACUGGCCAAGGACUGGGGCACAAAGCGUCGCAUCAAAGAUGACCUGGUACCGGACAGCAAGAGGUUGAACUACACUCGUCCUGGCCUUCCCAAGUUCAGUCCCAAGCUGCUGGAGAGCUGGAAGAAUGAGGUCAAAGAGAAGGGCUUCAUCUGCUGCUCCAACGGAAGCUGUGAAGCUGUUUACUCCAGUGUGUCCGGACUCAAAGCUCAUCUAGCCAACUGUAACCAGGCAGGGGGCGAUGCAGGGAAGUACACCUGCUUACUGUGCCAGAAGGAAUUCAGCUCAGAGAGUGGUGUCAAGUACCAUAUCAGCAAGACACACUCACAGAACUGGUUCCGAGCCUCCAGCCACAUGGUGCCCAGCAGCAGCAUCAGCAGCAAGAGCAAACCGUCAGAGCACCAAGGGAUAGAGAAAACUGAGGUUAAGAACGGAGCCACCAUGGGAAAGAAGAGAGGCCGCAAGCCCAAAGAGCGCCCCCCUGAGGCCACCCCCGUCCAAACAAAUACUAUUUUCAGCACCACCCAAAACUCAGCCCCCACCCCGAACCCAACCUCAGCCCCCACCCCGAACAUGGCCCAGGCCAAGACCCCAGUCCCGACAGAGAGGGGGAACACAGGGAGCCUGACACUAAACAGACAGCCCAACCCACCCACCACACGGAGGAGUAAGCCCAAGUGGGUGCCCCCUCCUUCCGAGUAGCUCUGACUAACCCAAGAGCCAGAGAGGAUGCUAUCUAUGUCUAUCUAUCCACAUUACGCCAGUAAGCUCAAGGACGUUUUGGAUGCCUCAAGGACUGGGGGACAGAGAACGAAACUAAAAACAACUGCACUCUGAUCUUUGUGUUUCAACUUUAAAUAUACUGUAUACAGUUUGUGUCUACUGGUAUAUGUUGAUAUAACAGUCAUUUGCAUUUUGUUUCCUCCAUUCCAUUUCUAAGCAUCGUUUCAGUUAAACUAUUGACAACAGCGGUUAAUUGUAAUCAAAGUUAUAAUCCCGCUCUAUGUAUAAAUAGCAUUUUCUAAACAAAAGUAGUAUUUCUAAUUAAUGUUGGCAUAUUCCCUCUAUAUGUCUUUAGAUUCAUGUUGUGUUUGAGAGAUUUUUCAAAGGAUAUUCUAUUAGGAUGGUGAGGUACUGCUAGUGAUUUUUUUUACGGAUAAACUGUACUGUGUAUAUAUAAAAUAUCUCUAUAUAUAGAGAGAGAUAUAUACAUACUCAAAGCAAUGACGUCAUCACUCUUUUUUUCAAGGCAGGAAGGUCAAAUUUGGUCUAAAGCGAUCACACUCAUUUGCAUUUUUGUUGUUUUUCAUUUUGGCGUCUUUUGUUUUUUAUUGUGGCAGAAGAAUGUCGAGGUAGAGAGGGGUUUUUUUAUCAGUCUGCUUCAGUGCAAUAUGCUAAUUAGUUUUUGUCUCUUUCUUUGUUUUGUUUGGCUUUCUUUCGACGGCCCAAUGUAGUGAAAGACCACACUGUAACACAUACAUCAUAUUCUUUCCUGUGUUCUUAUGCUGUGGCUAAGCUACGUAGUUAUAGUCUUUGUUGCAUUUACACUGAAAUGUAGGAAGUUAGCACCAUUUUCACAAAAUGAUAUGAGAUUUUAUCGAAUUUUAGAGACAGUGAUUAGACCUUGGGGCAUAUGAUUGGGGAUGUUAACGCAAACAUUUCCACACUAAAAUCUAUAUCUACACCCAAGCAAUGUAAACAGCAUAUCCACAAAGUUUGAAGAUGUGUAGAUUUUGUUUUAAUAUAGGUUUUCACUGCUAAUGUUACAGAUUAAGGCCUAAAUGCUGAAUCUAACAAUGGGAAAGUACUUGUAGUUGCAACAUUGCAGCACAAUCAAAUUAGUUUGGGAGUGGGGAGGGGAAAACUGAAAACUAGCUGUUAUUUGCAGAGAGGUUUGGAACUCUCUUUGUUAGUGGUCUAUU